UGCCGACCAUGGCUGUAGAGUAUGUCCCCGUGUCAGCGAGUCGAACUCAGGAUUGGCUAGAACGAGUUUACGAGGGGCACCGGCGCGCCGGCCAACGCGAAGUCUUGAACGUCGUACACGACUGGCGGCCGCGUUGGGCUGCGGUGAAGUUGGACACGCGAGCACAGUGCAUUGCGAGGCGUGUUAAUGCGUGCUCAGUUGUUGCCAGCAGUACAAAAGCAAUUUUUGGCGGGCAAAUGAUCCCUGAAGAGUAUGUCCUACAUGGCAGAGGACAUGGCACAGAACAAGACGGGAAGCCACACAAAUUUAGACUUGCCGAAGCCAACUGGAGAUGUUCGGCUUGACUGGGAGCUACUUACGAAUGUGGUUCAGACUCGCAGGCAUUACUGGACUCAAUAUCUUGCUUAUGCAAGAGCAACUAACAGAGAGCUGAUGCGCAUUAGUGAUGAAAUUUAUCCCCAACCUCGCUACAUUUAUUCGAACACAUAA